AUGGCGCUCUUUAGUUGGAGUCGCCUUGCUCCGGACAAUUUUUCCGCCGCGCUGCGCUGCGCUGCUAAGCAACGGCGACGACUCUCCACCAAUGGGAGCGCUCCGGCGGCCCCGCGUCCCACCGUUGCUAGGCGACCCUGGCCGGGGACGUUCCACGGUUGCAAAGGCGUCCUCCGGGGCGGCUCCGCGCAGCAGCAACAGCGGCGAGAGGCGGGUAGCGGCGGAGAAAGCCGCUGCGGGGCAGCGGCGGAAUGCACGGGGCGUCCUGCGGGCAGCUGCGAAGGGGACGGCAUGGCCAGCGCAAUGCUGAAAGAGGUCUUAGAAGGUGGAAAGCAGGAAGGCGCCAAUGCAGGAGUGAUGAAAGUGCCCUCUGCUCUCUAUCCUGAGAGACCCGGCCCUCGGGCCAAGGAUCAUUGUGAUUACCUGUUGGAUUCUAUUGAUGCUCAACUCAGCCAGCUGCAGAUUCAGGGACCCAGUGGACCAACCAAGGGCGUCGGCGACAAUGGGAAGGCCUCCCUCGACAGAACUGCAUGCACAUCCACUGCACCAGAUGGCAACUUGCAGGAUAAGCACCACGGGCCCCCCAGUGGGCAGAACGAGGGCUGGAUGGAGCACUUCAGGGGCAAACUUGUGGCAGCAGCCGCUGGCCUCGACACAGAGAAGGCCCUCUCCUCACCGCCACAGCGGGACUUGCUGAGGUCUGUGGGCCCCAGUGACAGUGAAGAGGAGGAAGAGUUUGCUAGGCUGUGCACCACCAGCACCCACAGGACCAGCGAGAUCUGGAAGCAGGACCCAAGGAAAGCAGCGGAUCCUGGCUGGAAGGGAGCUGAGCGGGAGGGCCACAGAAAUCACAAGCACGUGGCUCUGGAGCUAGAGACGGUACAGGAGGCCCUAGAGAAGAGCCAGAAAGAGGCGAGGAGGCUGGAGUUGCACGCGGAGGAGAGGCGGAGCAAAGCGGAGGAAGCCAGGGCCGAUCUGGUGCUUCUGGAAUACAAGCGGGAAGCCUGCCGGAGGGAGAUGCUGGCUCUGGAACAGGAGCUGAGCGUCCUGAGGCGACAGUGCAGCCAGUACGGGGCUGCCCAGGCCGAGCAGGUGUCUCAACUGGUCACUGAGCGGGAGAUGCUGAAGGACCAGGUGCGCCAUCUGGAGGACAACCUGUCUUCCCUGAAGCAUCAGCUGAGGACCUCCAAGGCAGAGCUGACCUCCACGAAGGAAGCGGCAGAGGCCAGGACUGAACAGCUGCAGGAGGCGGUCCUGUCAGAGAAGGAGCUGGAGCUGUCAAGGCUGUGUGAGGAACACGAGAGGCGGAUGGAGAUUCUGCAGCAAGAGGCUUUGCAAGAGAAGGUGAAAGAACUUGCUCAGCUGCGGGAGGAGCUUCAGGGUGAAAAAAGUCAGGCCCUGCAAGAGUUUGCAGUUAGCGCGGAGCAGGCAAAAGCCAAGGCCUUCCAAGAGCAAGCGGCCACCUUCGGGAAAGAAAUCGAAGACCUUCGAAAGACCGUCAAGGAGCGAGAUGCGGAAAUUGCCCGGCAGCAGGUGGCCACGAAGCAGCAAGCAAAGGUGCUGAAACAGGAAGCCACGGAAAUGGUUGAGCAUGCACUGCUCCAGGAGCGGAAGAAAUGGGAGGCUGAGACAAGGGCUGCCCUCCAGAUGCAACGUGAAGCCCUGGAAGAGCAGGACCGGAGGAUGCAGGUGGAUCUCCAGGAAGCACAGCAAAAAGAGAGGAAGAGCAGCCUUGCCUCGCAGGACGAAACAGCCGACCUCCGCAAGAGGAUCCAGGAGCUGGAGAUCCAGGCCCGGACAUCCGAGUGUGAGAAGAGAGGGGCGACGGACGAGCUCCAGGUGCUUCUGCAGGAGGAGAAAGCGCAUGCGCUGAGGAGGCUGCGGGAAGAGCUGGAGCAGGAAAGGAUGCAAGAGAAGGAGGAGGGGAGAACAACGUUGCAGCAGAUGGAGGACACACAGCGCCUCCUGCUGGCCGAGCAGCGCGAGGCGGCCUUCAGGGCGAGGGACUCUCAGGAGGCGCUCAGUGCACUGGCCGAUCGCUCCGUGGCCAGGGAGGUGGCCGUUGCCUGCCUGCGGCUUCAGGACCUGCUCCCCCAGAAGUCUGACAUGCCUACCCUAACCCAGAUGUUGCAAGGGAGCCCAGCCCUCCUCUCCUCCAGCCGCGCGCUCCAGGCCUUGCGAGAGGUGACAGAAGAAACUCAGCGGUACCUCCAGGACCUAAAGCGUGAGGCAGAGGUGCAGAGGCACAGUGCCCUUCAGUUCCAGGGGGAGAAGGAGCGAGAGUUGAGGCAGCAACAAGGUCAGCUUCACCUGGAGAGCCAGGCUGCUCUGGAAGCCCUGAAGGAGCGGCUGUUCCAGGCGCACAUGAAAGACAUUGCUACCUUGCAGCGCAGCUGGGUGAGGGAGGCGGGGGCGAAGGGACACCCCUCGCGGCGCCCACAGCUGCAGAAGGAUGGCGAGGUGCAGCCAAGCCAGAGGAACGUGACCUGCUGGAGGGCCAAGGCAGCCCGUCAGCUGGCCAAAGAGUUCAAGGAGGACCUGGCCGCGGAGGUGGAGAGGCGCCGGUCCAGGAACAAGUCCGGGGACUUUCCCGGGGACUUGGAGGCGUCAGAGUCAGAACUCGGACAGUUCUCCAUGAGCCAGUGUGAAUACCCCUGCUUUGCCUGCUCUCCAUCGCCGAAUGGAGCACCUUUCACGAGUCAACGCCUUUUCGGCACCCCAGAACUGCUGCACCAUCCGCAGAGCCGAACCCAAGAGCUUCGGGCAGAAAACACGACGUACUGCAGAGGCAGCGUGGACCAUCGUGGUGGCCUGUGGGAGGAUCUCGUCAACACCUCCAGAAGCAAGGCCAGGCGUCAUUGUGCCACCACCUCCUGCAUCCGUCCCGCUCUCCUUCCUGCAUUUCAGAGGCCCCUGACGGCAGAGCUCGCCUCCCCUCACCUCCAAGGGAAGAGCAGCUGGAAGUAGAAGUCUCGCAAAGGAGUUAAGGCGGCAAGCAGAGUGGAAAAGCUUCACCCAGCAACAGUGGCGGUGCGCAAACUGCAGUGCAGGAAGGAGUAACCGUGAACGACACACACACACAUUUGUGUUUAUAAAACCUCAAUUGUUUGCUUCUUAGCUGCAAAACAUUGGAGGGGCAAUUUAGAGAGGAGAAACUUGGGGUGGGGAAUAGAAGAGGUGCUUAACCCUUCCUCUGCUCACAACUUUUCUGUUUAAAAUUUCCCUUUCAAGCUGUCCAACACGCAUAGAGUUUCAGACACACAUUUACUUUGCAACCACCCUUCUAGAAAUGUAAGAAGUUGCCUUGUACUGAGUCAGACCACAGGUCCAUCUAGCUGAGCACUGUCAACACUGGCUGGCAGCGUCUCUCCAGGUUUUCCAGCAUGGAAUCUUUCCCGGCCCUACUUGGAGAUGCUGUUGGGGACUGAACCUGGGACCUCCUGCAUGCAAGGCAGGUGCUUUACCCACUGAAUGAUGCCCCCACCACCACCUUUCAAGUGGUGAACAGACUUGGUGUUGGAGGGAGUGAAGGAAGAAUGAGGUGUGGGGGGAAUGAAGCAUCAACACUGCCCUCUGCUGCUCUGCGGUGAAAAAAGGCCAUUAAAUUGGAGCACUCAUAUGCCCGCCUGGCCUAAACCGUGUGUGCUGGCUAGAGCUAAUGGGAGUUGUAGCCUAGAACAGCUGGCGGGCACCAGGUUGGAUGUAGUCAAGUUUGCACCAUGGAUAGAACAACAAAAACCCCAUGCAGAGUCCUGGUUUUAAAGUACAUUUGUAUACACCCUCUGAUCUGUAAUAGAGAGCUAAUAGUGGCCUACUUUAUAAGACUGUUGUAAGGAUAUAUGCAUGAAAACACUAAACACGUAGUUUCUAGAGGGGUAGCCUCAUUAAUCUCUUGCAGCACCUUAAAGACUAACACAUUUAUUAUGUCACAAGCUUUUGUGAACUAUAGUCCACGCCAUGAUAGCUUGCACCAUCUACAAAUAGUUUAUAUAAAACUAUGCUAAAUAGAGAGCCAGUGGUGGUGUAGAGGUUAGAGUGUUGGACUACGUCCUGGGAGACCUGGGUUCAAAUCCCCACUCAGCUGUGGAACUCACUGGUUGAUGAUCUUGGGCUGGUCUGACCUACUCAUAGGGUUGUUGUGAGGAUGAAAUAGGGAAGGGGGGGAGAACCACAUAUGCCACCUUAAGAUCCUUGCACGAAAGGUGGGAUAUAAUUGUAAUACUUAAAAUAAUGUGAAUGUGAUG